AUGAGCUCCUACUUUGUAAACUCCUUCUCGGGGCGUUAUCCAAAUGGCCCGGACUAUCAGUUGCUAAAUUAUGGCAGUGGCAGCUCUCUGAGCGGCUCUUACAGGGAUCCCGCUGCCAUGCACACGGCUCUUACGACGUGGGGGCUGCGGGAGAAGAGGGUGCAGAGAGCGAGCUCGGAUUCGGGGCCUCUGGAGGGGGGAGGAUGGGCGCUGCAGCGAGCUGAUAUGACCGGGCCAGACGGCAAGAGGGCCCGGACCGCCUACACGCGCUACCAGACCCUGGAGCUGGAGAAGGAGUUCCACUUCAACCGCUACCUGACCCGGCGGCGGCGCAUCGAGAUCGCCCACGCGCUCUGCCUGUCCGAGCGCCAGAUCAAGAUCUGGUUCCAGAACCGCCGCAUGAAGUGGAAGAAAGAUAACAAACUGAAAAGUAUGAGCCUGGCCACAGCCGGCAGCGCCUUCCAGCCCUGAGUCCUCUGGGAGGAGCCCUGGGCGGCCCAAGAGCCCCGGCCGCCCCCAGCCCCGGCCCCUCCGAGCCUCCCCGCGCCGCCGCCGCCGCCGCCGCCCGCUGGGGACUGGAUCCCAUGCGCCUGCCUCGCCCCAGCCUUGUGUUACCAUGUUUCGUUUGGUCUUAGAUCUUCCCGUGGCUCCCUCUCUCCUGGACUGGUUGCUCUUGUUAUUAUUGUUAAUAAUGAUGAUAAUUAUUAUUUGCCCUCCCUGCUCCUGGCUCCCCUCCGCGCCCCCCACAUCCACCAGUGUUUCUGAAUGUUCGUGUCCGUGGUUGCACUCCUUCCCCCAGGAAGAAAAGAAACUCGCAUGUGUAAUGUGAACUUUCCCCUCCCCACCUUGUUCUUCUAACUUAUUUAUAAAAGGAUGAGCGCUGUAUUUUGAGUUUCAGCUGGAAACUUCUCUAAGGGGCAGCAGUGGAGGUGGGGUGGUUCCGCAGUGCCGGGCCCAGCUGAGCUGGCCUCGGAGAUGGAGUCCAUGACUGUGUUUCUUUCCGCCCUCCUCUCCCUCCGCCCUCUCCACUCCCCAGGCCCAAGUCUCUUGGUGGCUUGGUCCCGGGGUGGGAAGGGGCCAGGGAGGACCAAAGCGGUGAUGUUGAGAAGAGGGAAGGUAUAUAGUGAGAUUUGAGUUCCUGCCGCCUGGGUAGGCCCCACAGGCCUGCUCUGGGAGUGUACGGAAACAAAAAGAAUCCUCAGUGUAAAGUGUCUUGUGUAUUCCUCUGUGAAUCCAUGGGCCUGGUGUAGAGAGGCCUAACGCUUGUAAAUAUGGGGAUACUCUGGGUAGACCCAUCUCCUUCCCCCCCUUAUCCAUUUUGCUUCCAAGACUAUUUGUAGUGAGCGAGUGGAUGCUGUGCUACGUGUGAAAUCUGUCUUUGCCGGGCCUGUCUCAGUGAUUCGCUUUUGGUAUUUGUUUGUAGCUUUCCUUAAAGUCAAAUAAAUGUUUCCCCUACUC